AUGGUGCAGAGCCACCGAGACCCCCGGGCCCAGGGAAUCUCCAAGACCACAUCCCCACGGGCAGACCCAACACACAGCCCAUUCACACAUUGUGUGUUUGUUGUCUCCUGUCUCAGUACAAAGAGUCGCUUUAGCGGUUUGGAACGUAAAGGACGAUUUUCCAGAGUGACUUUCCAGAAGCCUGGAUGGGCAAAAGACGAGGAUGAUAAGCUGCACACACUGGUGAAGGACUUUGGAUCAAACAGAUGGUCUUCAGUUUCUCUCCAUUUUAAAGGUCAGAGGUCACAGGUGGAGUGUAAUCGCCGCUGGCAGCAGAUAAAGAAUCCAGAGCUGGUGAAAGGUCCCUGGACUCAGGAUGAGGAUGAGAGGGUCAUGGCGCUGGUGCAGAAAUACGGCGUGAAGCACUGGGCGCUCAUCGCCAAACACCUGCACAGCCGUAACGGGAAGCAGUGCCGCGAGCGCUGGCACAACCACCUGGACCCCACGGUGAAGAAGAGUGGCUGGACGCUGGAGGAGGACCGCGUCAUCUGCCAGGCCCACAGGCUGCUGGGGAACCGCUGGGCCCAAAUCUCCAAGCAGCUGCCCGGCAGGACAGAUAACUCCAUCAAGAACCACUGGAACUCCACCCUGAAGAGGAAGGUGGAGAAGGAGGGAUACCUUCAGAUCCUGCACCUCCACACCUCCUCCUCCACCAGACCAGCAUCCAGGACCAACAUCCCCACCAAGGCAGACAGUCUGUCCAGUGUCAGCGACGAGUCCAGCUGCAGCUCCAGCAGUCGGAGUGUGAGCAAGCACCACAACAACCAUGCCCACCUGUGCUCCACCUGUGUCGCCGCCUCCUCCUCAGGUUGCAGCUCCUCACUGAGCGUGUGCAAGCUGACGGUGCCUGCGGAGCUGAUGGAGGCGAACACAGAGUCCUGGAGUUGUGGACCACAGGAAGUGACCUCAUCACGCCACAGAGAAGACGCCGGCCUGUCAGUACUCGAUCUGAGCAGGAGUUAUGUUGCAGGACUGAAGAGUGAGGACUCCACCUCCUUCAUGGACUCCACCUCCUGCUGGAGCCUAGGCAGCACCGUCCUGUUCUCCUCCUCUGAGCUCUUCAGCCUGUCUGAUGUAGACGAUGUGAAGUCACAGCGUCCGGCUCUCACCUCCACCCCCGUCUGCUCCCGCAAACACUCCACCAGCACUGACCAGGACGACUCCUGUCUGCACUGCAGCCUCAGCAGCCAGAUCAGAACGUUGUUGAUGUCUGCUCCUCAAACACAGACGCCACUGAAGAGCCAGACGGAGGUGUCAGUUUGUUCAGGCAGGAUGAUGAACGAGACGUGGGAGGAGCCAAGUGUCCGUCUUGACGGUCAGCAGUCCAGCAGCUCUGAGGUCUGACUGCAUAAGACACAAUACAAUAUAUAGAUAUAUAAAUAUAUACAUCACCUUUACAUCCAUCCAUCUUCAUCUGCGUGUCCGGGUCGCGCGGGCAGCAGGCCAAAGUAUUCCACACGUCCCUCUCCGCAGCUAACCGUUCAGCUCCUCCUGGACCCCGAGGCUUCUCUCCAGAGGGUUCUCGGUGGACUCUGAGCUCCCUCUCUAACUCUGAAC